UUUCCGGGACGCGCUGCGGAACCCGGAAGUGGUCACGGAACUCGGCUGCGGCUCCAUGGUCUGAGUUGUCAGCCGUUGUUUUUUCGUGCUCUCUAGUCGCCGCCGCCGCGCCGCCAUGGGGAAGCGACAGCACCAGAAGGACAAAAUGUACAUUACCUGUGCUGAAUACACUCACUUUUAUGGUGGCAAGAAGCCAGAUCUCCCACAAACAAAUUUUCGUCGUUUACCUUUUGACCACUGUAGUCUCUCUCUGCAGCCCUUUGUCUACCCAGUCUGCACUCCUGAUGGCGUCGUCUUUGACUUGCUGAACAUUGUUCCAUGGCUUAAGAAGUACGGGACCAACCCCAGCAAUGGAGAGAAGCUGGACGGGAGGUCCCUGAUCAAGCUGAACUUUUCCAAGAACAGUGAGGGGAAGUACCACUGCCCAGUGCUGUUUACUGUGUUCACCAACAACACCCACAUCGUGGCUGUGAGGACAACCGGCAACGUCUACGCCUAUGAGGCAGUGGAACAGCUAAAUAUCAAGGCCAAGAACUUCCGGGACCUGCUGACUGACGAGCCCUUCUCCCGGCAGGACAUCAUCACCCUCCAGGACCCCACCAAUUUGGACAAGUUCAAUGUCUCUAACUUCUAUCAUGUGAAGAAUAACAUGAAAAUAAUAGACCCAGAUGAAGAGAAGGCCAAACAGGACCCGUCUUAUUAUCUGAAAAAUACAAAUGCCGAGACCCGAGAGACCCUGCAGGAGCUCUACAAGGAAUUCAAAGGGGAUGAGAUUCUGGCAGCCACCAUGAAGGCCCCGGAGAAGAAGAAAGUGGACAAGCUGAACGCUGCCCACUAUUCCACAGGGAAGGUCAGCGCUUCCUUCACCUCCACCGCGAUGGUCCCGGAGACCACACAUGAAGCAGCUGCCAUCGACGAGGAUGUGCUGCGCUACCAGUUUGUGAAGAAGAAGGGCUACGUGCGGCUGCACACCAACAAGGGCGACCUCAACCUGGAGCUGCACUGCGACCUGACACCAAAAACCUGCGAAAACUUCAUCAGGCUUUGCAAGAAGCAUUAUUACGAUGGCACCAUCUUCCACAGAUCCAUCCGGAACUUUGUGAUCCAAGGGGGCGACCCCACAGGCACAGGCACGGGUGGGGAGUCAUACUGGGGGAAGCCCUUCAAAGAUGAGUUCCGGCCCAACCUCUCGCACACGGGCCGCGGCAUCCUCAGCAUGGCCAACUCGGGGCCCAACAGCAACAAGUCUCAAUUCUUCAUCACGUUUCGCUCCUGUGCCUACCUGGAUAAGAAGCACACCAUCUUUGGACGGGUUGUUGGGGGCUUUGACGUACUGACAGCCAUGGAGAAUGUGGAGAGUGACCCCAAAACUGACCGCCCUAAGGAGGAGAUCCGCAUCGAUGCCACUACGGUGUUCGUGGACCCCUAUGAGGAGGCCGAUGCCCAGAUCGCCCAGGAGCGGAAGACACAGCUCGAGGUGGCCCCGGAGACCAAAGUGAAGAGCAGCCAGCCCCAGGCAGGGAGCCAGGGCCCCCAGACCUUCCGCCAGGGUGUGGGCAAGUACAUCAACCCAGCAGCCACGAAGCGAGCGGCAGAGGAAGAGCCCUCAACCAGUGCCACUGUCCCCAUGUCCAAGAAGAAGCCCAGUCGGGGUUUUGGGGACUUCAGCUCCUGGUAGCAGCAGGGACAGCCUAUUUAUACAACCGAUGUGGUCCCCUGACCAACGCCAUCACCUGGGACAAGUUUUCAGACCCCAGACCUACUGAGCCUGAGCCUCUGCAGGGUGGGCUUCUCGGUCUGUUUUGACAAAACUUCAGGGGCUUCUGAAGGCUGGUGCUGGACGGCAGCAUUGACUUUCCUGCCGUGCCCUGCCUGGGGUCUUGGGGCCCCACUCGCCUGCUCUGGCCGCGAACCACCUGGGCUUCAUCUCAAGCCUGCCUGGCUUCUCUCUGCCCCCGUCGGGAUCUUGAGGGGACCCACACCUGGUUGAAGUCAGUGUCUCCAGCUGUGAGAACAAGCGGACGUCCCUCUCCCCACCCUCCUGCUGAGGUGGCCUUGCUGCUCUCAGGCCCGGCCAUUGGGCUCCAAGACUCUGCUCCUCCUGUCACUGACUCUGAUGGCCUUGGGCCGGCUGCAUGAGCAGCCCUUAAAGACCUUAAAGACCCCUCCCUCAACCCCCAUUUUUCUGUUAAAUGUGCCCUUGGCUGGCUUUUUCUUCUGUCUUCAGCCCGGGCCAGGGGUCAGUGUUCUCAUGUCAUGGACCUUCCUUGCCUGACACUUGCCUCUCGGGCUCCCUGUUGCCUGAAGGCCACCCCCACUUCUAGUUCUUCACACUAAGCCCUAACUUAGGCCUUGUUCUUGGUUUUCUCAUUUUUGUUGCCCCAAAUCUUGAACCUGUCAGCAACUUGCAGGCUGUACCUCUGCCCUUCCUUUUCUCAUCACUGAUGCUGAAGCUGCAGGCCCGAGCCCUUUGUCUCCCUGGAUGCUGUGUGGUGCCUCAUCUGCAUCCCUGCCCCACCCCGUCCACUGCCACAGGCUGCCUGAUGAUGACCGCUAGAGGCAUGUCUGCCCCUUGUCACCCUGCUGCACACCAACCUCUGGCCCUUCAUCGUGCUAAGAACAAGAACUGCGCCAUGGCUGGCUCCGCCUCUGCAGCCUGUCAUCCCUGUCUGUGACCAUUGGUGAGGCCCCUGGGCUCUAGAGUGACUUUUGACGCCCUCCGUGCCUCCAGCCAGGCACGGUCCUCGGCAAGGCCUGGUGCAGCCCUGGCAGUAACUCGCUUCUAAGAGGCUCAGACACCAAGCUGGGCCUGCACAGGAGGGGCACAGUAGGACACAGUGACUGCCCAGGUGUCCACACACCUGUAGGCCUCUGAGCCAGCGUCCAGGGUACAGGUGCGGAUGGUGGGGAUGAAGGCCUGACCAGGGAGGGAGAAGCAGGUUUGGCGAGGACCCUGUGCCCACCCUGACACCCUGGUUGGCCCUGACUGUAUUCUCUGGCCACAUUCAAAUUCCCCCCAGUGGUGGGGGCAGAGAAGUAGGACCAGGCCGCCCUUGGCGCCAGAGCUCGAAGACCCCAAGACAGCCGUCUGCCCUCAGCGGCGCCACAGAGAGCCUGGGCUCAGCUUUCUGCAUCAGGACACAGCGUUGUCCACUGAGGGCACAAUUUAAACAAACAUUUGACAUCAGAAGCUUUAUUUGUAAACCUCACACAGAUAAGGACCAAGGGCUAGCGGCGUGGCCAGAGGACAGGGGAAGCUGAAGGCCCCGUGCUUGAGCUCGGCAGUCCUGCUCCUUGCAGUGAAGCCACCGUGGGUGACCGUCCAGCCUCCCCCGGUGGCCUGCACAGUGAGGGAAGGGCUUCAGGGCCAUCUGCCCCCGGGGCAGGGGACAGGCCACCACGGACCUUUGGCAAGUGAAGGUUUACAUUUCUGUAGUUUGUUUUAGAGCUUAAUUUGUAGUUUUUUAGCUAUUAAAACCACUUGAAUUUUUAACGACCUGAUGAGGACAUCAGGUAAAUUAAAGGAUUUUGGGAAGAUUCUUAUUUCCAAUUCUAAUAUCUGACAGAUGCCAUCAAGAAUAAGCAUUAAGGUAUAAAAAUACUGUGUGUAUAAAACAAUGCCAAACCACAUUCCUACAGCAAAUGCACUGUGCCAUUUAUAACCCUGACAUCACCUCCCAAGGCUCUCAAGGAAGAUUUAUUUUAAAUAACUUAAAUAGAAGUCCCAGAUGAUAUUGUUUAGGAAUUUGAGAGGGUGGUGGAUAUAGGUCUUGUGAAUAGCACUUCCCCCGAAGCCAGCUCAUGGUCUGUUCAUUUGGUUUAAAAAUGAGCUUGUAUUUUGCAGAAGCCCAACAAAAAAAAAGUGAUAAAAGUG